UCCGUUAUCCAACAUCCCGCCAUAUCGCCAUAUCGUCAUACGGCUCUUGCCUUUUGCCACUCAUCCUUCGACCCUCACUCUCUCCCGCAUCUUUCCAUCAACCAACCGACCGAUACUUGAGUGCUCCAUACAUUUCAGCACUCACCCGUCAUGAUCUCCGCCUCGACUUCCCCGCCGUCGUCAGACACGCCCGCAUUUCCCCUCCGCCAGCACCUCUUUGACAGGCUUCCCACCGAGCUGCGUCUCAAGAUCUGGAACUACAACCUGCCCCAGACUCGACUCGUCCCCAUCCAAUGCGGUUCGAGUUGGCCCUCUUCUCUGGAGCCUUCGCAAUCCCGUCUCUCAUUCAACACCGGCUGCACCUCACCCGCCGCCAUCCCAGCUAACCUCCACGUUUGCGCCGAGUCGCGCACCGAAGCGCUGAAGCACUACCAGCUGGAGUUCGGUUUCGCCCGCGGUCCCGGCCAGGUCUUUUUCAACCCGACCCGCGAUGUCAUGUACUUCGGCCCUCGCGACGGCUACAUGGCCGCCGACUCGCAGUUCAAUACCUGCAUGUCCAUGUGCGACCCCGACCAGCUCGCCACCGUCCGCCGCAUCGCCAUCAAUGACGCCCUGUUCUGGAUCGAUACCACCUACCGCUCCAUGACCGCCUCCAGCCUGACCGUUGAGCUGCUCCGCCGCCUCCAGUCUCGCAUGCCCGGGCUCGAGGAGAUCAUCUUUGUGCCCCGCGACGAGGAGUCGCUGGACUCGAUGUGGUCCGACUACCUGGAGCCCACCAUGGUGUACGUCCGCAUGGCCCGUCAAAUCCAGACGGCCGUUGAGACACUGCGCGAACAGACGCCGCACUGGAAGCCUCCGCGAUGGAGCAUCCUGCCCUUGAGCGUCUUCCCAAAGUCCUGGAACUCUGUCAGUGCCGCCGCCUAGUUGGCCCAGGUGCAAGCGACAAGAGGCAGAGGGAAAAAAGAGAGAGAAAGAACUCACUAAUAUCACGAUACCCUUGCGAGUCCGCUUUGAACAAAGCCACUUAUUGCUGGUCAAAGGCUUCUCAUACUUUGAUGCAAUGCUGUUAAUAUCUAUAUCUACCUUAGUGGCGUUGCCAGCUCGCCUUACAAGCAGACUGAAAGGGAAAGUCUUCAGAUACGUCCUGCUGGCCACCAGUCCACCCCGA